AUGGUAAAAGGAACAGAGGUCAAGCGUGUGGAUGUCCUAUAUGCAGCUGAAGCCUUGAAUAUUACUGAUCUGGUUGAACAAGAGUGGAUCAUGGACACAGGUUGUUCUUACCACAUGACACCCAAGAAAGAGUGGUUUGAUGAAUUGAAUGAAGAGAUCACAGGGAUAAUCAAGAUGGGAAAUGACACAACAUCAUCAGUGAAAGGAAUAGGAAGUAUAAAGAUCCUAAAUGAGGAUGGAACAGUGGUGAUUCUGACACAAGUGAGGUAUGUACCAGAUUUAAAGAGAAACCUUAUCUCACUAGGAACACUGGAUUCACAGGGUUGUGCAUAUAGAGGUGAAAAUUGA